CUUUCCUCAAGCAAUGGAAAUGGUUUUAAUAACGCAUUUGAUCAUUGAUAUGCAUAAUAUUCCAGUCGAUACCUUUUGUGACUAUAUUGCUUGUCGUACCAAACAUGGGAAUGGCACAACUUUUGCAAUUUAGAUUUUUGCAGGGGCCCGAUUCUCCUAAGUUAAUAAUGUCAAAAUUGAAUAGAAAAUUAAAUCGAAUCGCAAUAUGAUCGCAAUAGCAGUUUUAACCAUGUCGGGCAUUCUGCUACGGUGGGUGCAACUGCUUACCUAUAACGAUAAUAACUCCAGAAUAUCUGUCGGUCUUUGAACUUAUUAAGUAUUAUAAAUGCGAAAGUAAGUUUGUUGUUUAUGACGCUUUCAUGCGCAAUCAGCUGAACCAACUGUGAUGAAAUUAGCAUGGAGUAGCAGGUACCAUAGAUAGAGAAGGAUAUAAGCGUUUGUUUUAUAGGGCCUCAGAGCUCUUAAAAUCUAGCACAUUCAUAAAACCAAUAUUGUCUGUACAGUUUUUUUAUACACUCCUUUGCAAAAAAACCGGCACCGAUGCAAAAUCCGAGUUCAGAAUCAGUUUCCUGAAAAUUACAUGAAAUACUUUUCAAAAUGCCAAGUAACUUUCUACCCAGGAAUAAGUCCAGAUAAUAAAGAAUAAGUCAAGGAUUAACCACUUUCUUAGAAAUUAAAUACGCUCUUACGAAUGCUUGGCUAACGCCGAUGGUAGUAAUACAUUACAGUCAUUAAAAACACAGAUGCCCGUUUUUUUUGCAAAAGAGUUUAAUAGCAUUAGCAAUCUGUUCUAUGAGGAAAUUUUACGUAGAUACAAAAUAGGUACAGGAAAACUUUCAAAUUAAUAAUUUAUGUAAAUAUGUAUUUUAGUCAUUAACCAUCAUACGCAAAUUAUAUACAGAUUGAAUUAUAACGUUAACACUUGCAGUUAUGGGAAAUAUGAUUUUAAAUUAUUUUGUUUUGUUGCUUCAUCUUUGUGCGGCAGUGAAAGUAACAGUAUAUAAAACUCCUAACGAUUACAAUACUAAUAAACCAAUUGAACAUGUGAGCAAGUGUUCCUUUUUUUAUGGCCGGAAUAAUUAUCUGGACUUAUUUGUAUGUAUAAUGAAUAUACAACCGAAUGUGCGCACAGACCUCAAAAAUUCUUCGACGUCCUGGAAUCACUCAGGGGGAACUGCAGCAUAUUUGGAAUACUGCAGGUAACUUGGAAUACUUCGCUAUCUAAAUAUAUAUAAACGACAUCUGAGUUUUUAUGCCGUAAACAUAACGUCAAACGAUAAACAAAGCCAUACAGCAUUAAAAACAGGACGCCAUCUUGACAUUUCGGCUACCAGCCCCCAGCGAACGAAACGCCUGAUUUGAAAACUUUUUCGAACAACACAAUAAUUCAAAAUUGGAACAAUAUGAACAUAAACUCCGAACGAGUGAUCAAAAAAUGUUUACGAUCAGUGGUUACACAGAAACAGUUUCAUCAAUUUAUGUAAAAUUGUGUUCAGAACUAACAGGACUUUGUGCCAAAAAGAUGAUUGCUGAAGGAAAACCGCCAAGUGUAGUGAACAGCGCAACCGAUUUUUGUUCGCAAAAUAAUUGUUCAUGUUACAUUGUGGUGGAUUUGCAAAACGUAACUUCAGAGAAUAUUUCAAAUAUGAAAAGGCACUCAGUUUUGACCACCACAAAACCUUAUAAGAAUAAAGUGCAAGUCAGAAAGGCUGGUAAACUGUCUAAGGGCUCAACACAAAACCCAGUUCUGUUAUACGUCAUACCAUCUGUUAUAGUGGCCUGCAUAAUAAUACUGGUGAUUGCGAUAGCAGUAAAAAAAUAUCUUCGUCGGAACUUCCAUCAGUUAGAUACCACGACAAAACAUGUGUUUUAUGCAGAACUGGAUCUAGUGAGAACGGUGCAUCAACCAGCAAUAAGCAAUCAGGACUCGCCAUACGCAGUAGUCAUUGGAGAGUUAAGACCAUAGAAUGCAAAAAAAAAUAUCUAAUAUGUUAGUAACAGAUUACUUAGAUCUUUAAAACUCUAUUUUUACUAUGAAGAUAUAAUAUGCUUUUCUUUCAAUAAAGAAUCGUGUAGUUUUUA